AUGGUGUUCGCUGUUUCUGCCACUGCCACUGAGGUCGAUGCCCCCAAGGUUUUGACAGUUCGAGAAGCAUAUCAACCUCCAUCGGCGACCACUAGCAAUGGACGCGUGGUACCGAUCAAGCACGAGAACAAUGUGGAUUUUGGAGCCGAAAUUCACGGUAUCGAUCUGAACAAUUUCACCUCGGCCGACUUUGCCCUCAUUUCUGAUGCCCUGCAUAACCACAAGCUGCUUGUCUUCAAGGAGCAGCCACAAAUGUUAACGCCACAACAACAAUAUCGCUUAACUGCAUGCUUCGACCCCGAAGAGAAAACUGGAGGCUUCGCCCACGGUGCCGACCCUGUACUUCUCUCCGAGGAUGGCGUCACCAUAUAUGGCCUGCCAAAUCGACCAGCCAUCAAUGCCCAGCCACAGGUGCAUAUCUUGGGUCGCGGUGAAGUUCCUGAAGACCAUUUCGAUUUCCCGCCCGGAUUCAAAGUGAAAGGCAUUAAUCAUGUCGACUUCCAUUUGCCACCACACAUUCCCCAGGAGGAAAGAGAUGCAGGCGCGAGUCGCUUCUACCAGUGGCACUGGGAUGGCUCUUUGUAUAAGAUCCCUCCACCACGCGUAGGUUGUCUGCUGGCCGUGCGAACGCCGAAGGGCCCUGAUGUGACCGUCCACUGGGGCGAUGGCACUGGAAGAACGAUGGAUAUUGCACCCGGUGCAACUGCUAUGGUAGCUGGAUCGCAAGCGCUGCAGCUUCUGGACCCGGAGCUGCGUGAAAUUGUCCUGCACAGUCGUAUUGAAUACGCGCCGCACGCAUUUCAGUGGAUGUCAACUGCCCGCAGUACCAAACUCGGUCAUCUUAUCGAAACGGAGGGCCGUGAGAUGCCGCUCGAUAAGCUUUCGCCCUGGACACAGGACGGAAUCUGUGUUUAUCCCAUGGUCUGGACUAAUCCGGUGACUGGGGAGAAGUCUCUUCAAGUUCAUGGCCAAGGAGCUUUCAAGUUGUAUCUCAAGAAUCAGCCAGACGGGGAAGAGACUGUUGUUACUGACCUGAAGGAGGUCCGAAGUUUUAUGGACAAGAUCAUGAGCCCAGUCUUGUCGCCAGAGAACAUUUACGCGCAUCCUCAUCAAGAGCAAGAUGUCAUUCUAUGGUACAACCGGGCAUUGUGGCACAGUAUCACUGAGUUCCCUGAGUCGUACGGGCCGCGAAUCAUGCAUCAGUGCAAUAUCGCAGCAUCAGACCAUCCUUCAGUCUAG